AUGGACAUGCUGCAGAUUGGGUAUUCUCUGAUCUAUUCUACUAAUUUUGAUUUUGGUAGACUAGUUAUUACAAAUAUUGGUGAAAGAAUGCAUGAAAAUCGUCAGAUUAUAUAUUUUUCACGAUUCCGCCAAUUGCUGUUUAAGGCCACUGUUGGAGAAGUGGCUUUAGAUGCUGCAGAUGGGAUCAAACCUUUUAAACUUCAUAAAAGGGUUUUCAAAGAUCUCAUAUCUAAAGAUGAGAAGAGACCAGUUCUCAGGCCUCUACAAAUUCCAGCUCCAUUGAGAGCUAGGCUUCAAGCACCACAACAACAGCCUCAACCCCAACCACACCAUCCAAAAAGAAGGAGACUUGUUGCAGCUUAUGAUUAUGAAGAUCUGGAAGCCCCUCCUGCAACAAACUCUGAACCUUCCCAGGCCAGUCCUAAAACAAAGACAACUAGAUUUAAAAGAAGGGCAAACAAGCCUAAGAGGGCAAAGGUGCCCAUUACUGAGAUCACAGAUUUUACUGUUGAGGAAGAGCAAGCACCAUCCACUACAAUUCCUGAUUUAUCACAAGCUCUGAUGGUGCACCCUCUUCAAGUUGUUCCAAUCUCUGCUACUACAGCAUCCUCUACUUCAUCUGAAGUAGAUGAGGAAAUAAUAUGCAAGGAACAAGCUGAAGCUGAGACAACAGUGUCUGAUUCUCAAAUUCCAAUAUCUGAUCAUGGACCCUCCACUCCAAUUCCUCACUCUCCAUUGAAGUUUCCUGAGGGUGCCAUUAUUCAUGAUACAGCUCCAGAAAACUACAAGUCAGAUGCUGUAGUUGAAGAAUCUGACAAGGUAGCUUUGGAAGCACUACAGUCCCUUGCUAAGGCUGGUGAAGAGCCUAGCAAAUCAAAAUCUGAAGUUCAAGAAAAAUCUGUUCCAGAUCCUGUUGAGAAUGUUGAAGAUCCUGCAUCUGAUGAUGAUGAGGAUGAUGACAGUUCAGAUGAUGAAAAUGAUGAUGAAUCUCAGAACAGAGGUAGCCAGUUUCAAGGAAACUCAAAAUAUGGACAAGAAAAGGCACUUGUUACCUCUAAAGGAAGACAUGAAGAAGCUGGUGUCUGCCAAUCAAUCUCUGGAACAGAGAAUGUCCACCAUUGA